AGAGGGCAAGAGGGGGGUAGGAACGGGGGACCCCAGUAAGGUAUAUGAGGGCCUCAGUUCGAGCAACCGCUGGUACUCUAGCCUCGCUGCCUACUUACAUUCACACACACUAACACACCAACCACCUGGAACACAAUGCGCACGGUCGCGACGGUACUAUUACUGGUAGCUGCCAUACUAGUUGUAUCGGCUCAGCAAUACCAGCAACCAGAUGCCAACUACGUAGACGAAUACUCAGCAUACGAGUCUCCAAGACCGACUCAUCCGACUCCCCGAAGUUAUGCCGCUAAUUCGGCGCCAAAUCGGCAAUCGGCUGGCCCCACAACCCCGAAACCAACCCCGGUGGCCAUCCUGAAGCAGAUCAACAGGCACAACGAGGACGGCUCGUAUACGUACGGGUUCGAAGGCGCGGAUGGGUCUUUUAAGAUCGAGACGAAACUACCAACCGGAGAAGUGAAGGGUAAAUACGGAUUCGUCGAUGACACCGGCAAAGUACGUGUAGUCGAAUAUGGAGCGAAUCAAUACGGUUUCCAACCCGCUGGCGAGGGUAUCACGGUCGCACCACCGACUCUGGUCGACGACACUACCAGUAAGGAAGCUCUGCAAGCACAAAACUACCAAGAGGAGUACCAACAACCGGCUGCCAGACCUGCGCCACUUCGAGCAGUCGCGCCUGCGCCAGCACCUCGCCCUGCACCCCUUCAACAGAUUCAAUACGGACAGCCAGCUUACCAACAGCCCCAAACUCACACCGAAGCCGUCUAUUCACCGCAACUGGCGCCCAGACAGCAGCCAAGUCUUCCGAAACCGCCAAUUUUCACGCCUGCUGCUCCUCAAUCUCCCCUCACUAAACAAACCACUCUCCUUCAACCUGAAGAACCAGCGCCGCCAUCUCAAUUGUAUAAUCAGGGACCAGCCCAGUUUGGCCCUGCUCCUGUUCAAGAACACCGUUCCCAGCCACAACCUCGUAGCCAAAGCGGCGGCAUCCUUGAUCAAUUAGCUAGGGAUUAUGCUUUGCCACAGGGCGUCGCACCACCGUUGCACGACAUCAGCUUCGGUUAUUACUAGAUCCUCUAGUCCCUCCCGUGUUCGUCAGGGUGGUUCCCGUGCGUUUUGAUCUGUCCGUAUUGUCUGAAGACGCGAUGCUUCGAUGGCGCACCCUUUUCGCCGUGAUCGCGGCGUGGCCCAUCGGUGACGAUGGGUGGCACUGUGAUUCGUACGUCGCGCGUCGAUUAUUACCGAAGAGAAUAUCGAGAAUUUAAGGCACAUUGCAAUUGCAGCGAGGAAAUUGAAUCGAAAUCGAUAAUUUGAUUAUUGUUUCUAUUUUCUUCAUUGAUAUCUUUUUUCUUUUUGUAAAAUAAGAGAAUAAGGUGAAGGUUCUUGAGUUUUUCUUCGGUAAUAAACAAAUCGUUGUCAUGGCUGCCUACCGAGUCGAACUUUUGUUUCUUUCGAUGAAGGUACGAAUCCAUUCUUGCCAUUGGAAUCAAAUGUGAUAAGCAUGUUUGAUGAAACGUGCAGUGGAAAUGUAAAGAAUGAUCUCUAAGUAUUUGUUCAGAAUAAUUAUUAGUAACGAAACCUAUAUCGAAUGGAAUCAUUUUAUCUCUUUUUUAAACUUUAUUUCUCCAAUCAGGAUCUUCUAAGGAGAGAUUUCGAAAGGUCAAGGAUUCUUUCAUUUCCGUAUCGCGAAUAGACUUUUCACGUAAAA